AUGGUGCGCGUGUGCAGAGUAGUCCCUAAAGACUGGCACAAGUUUCAACCACUCGGAGAUGUCAUUCCACGCACUCGAUUCAUUGUAUUCAAAACACCUAUCAACAGUCAGUUAUCAACAAAGAUCUUCAAAGAUCAGAGAUUUACUACAAAUGAUCUUUUCAGACAGCUAUCUGAACGAGGACAGCAUCUCGGAUUGGUGGUUGAUUUAACGGACACUGACAGAUACUAUGACAAAGAAGAUAUCACUGGAUUAUGUAUUCAAUACGAGAAGGUCAAUUGCCCUGGAAGAGGAUUCAUCGAAAGAGACGAUUGUGUUGAAUCUUUCAAUCAAGCCAUACAGGAAUACAUCGACAAGUGUGAGGACCCAGAUGCGUUGAUUGGUGUACAUUGUACAAAUGGAAUUAAUCGAUGUGGCUACUUGAUCUGUCGUUUCCUAAUCGAAAGACUUGGGUGGAGUUCUCAUGAGGCAAUCGAUGCAUUUGAGCAAGCCAGAGGAUACUCCAUUGAAAAAGGAUCAUACGUGAUGGCUUUGCAUAAGGCUGCUAAAGAUUCAAGAACAAAGCAGCGAGCUGAUUCUGAUUCGGACUCUUCUGAAAGGAGGAAAAAGAAGAAGAACAAGAGGAAGCAUCAAGAAGAAGAAAACAACAGUGCGAUAAAUGAGGUCCAUAUGAUUAAUGCCAUUCUAGGCGAACUCGGACAGCAAAGUGCUAGCGUCUCCGGAACAGGAUACCAACAUUCUCCAACCGGACCUCAAACUGCUGAACCUUCCCAACCGCAACAACAUUGGGGAUUCGCUAUUAAGCGAUCAAAGUAUGCACAGCUCAAUCAACCGGUAACUAAUAGUACUCCACCGGAUAAUUCCGCAACGGACGGUACGCCAUUAGACGAGGAAGAGUACGAAGAAGAAGAGUAUGAAGAAAACGAGGAAGAAGCUGAGCCAGAGCCUGGGAAGGGUCAGUCCGCUUCGUCAAAGCGUCGUGCUCGAAGAAAUCGAAUGCAAAAUUGCAUGAAAGUGAUGGCACGAGGAAGGUUCCACGAAAUCCAAGCAAUGCGUGAAGAGAUCGCCCUGACUCAUGGAAACGCUCGCGAUCUGUAA